AAGAUAGAUCGCCGUCUACGAACACUAACAACUGCUUGCUACAGAAAGAGUUUGCAAGAUGCUGAAAUCCAUUAUGGUUUGACACAAUCUGACAGUUCAGCGGAACUUGUGAUUGAUAAGCGGAAAGCUACAACUCGUAAAUCUAAGCCUGUCAUGGAAUCAGCAGCACAUUGUGGUCAUUUUGGUGUGGUUGUUUUUCAGUGAGUUUCAAACACAAAUAAUUACAAUUUUACAGGUUUACAGAGAAAUGUAAUUCCUCUAGAAUGUUUAAAUGUACAUCAUUAAGAGAAAAAGCAUCACGUGGUAUACAGUGUAUUUUUUUCAUACACUAAAUAACACCUUUAAUGUAGCAUAAUUAGAGUAAUGUUAACAUUUUUUUGUACUUUGACAGAAAUAAAUUUUAUUGAACAUCAAUUCUGUGUAAUCUGUUUACUUAAGUAUCUUUUAUACAGUCUUAACACAUGGCAUGUUUUGGGUUUUUUUUUUGUUUUUUCACUCUUAUAAAUUAUAAGAGUGAAAUAAAUAAAACCAUACCAUGUGUUAAGACUGUUAGCAGGUAUUUAAUCAGUUCAUUGUUUAUUAUUAGCCGCCAUAUGAAACUGCAGAAUUGGUAAGAUGGCAUUCACAGAAUACCAACACUUAUGCUACAGCUGCAUAUAAUAGGGAAUGCUAAAAAAUAACCUGUAGUGCAAGGAAAACUUGACACGUUAUUCUGAGUGAUAGAAAAGUCAGUAUUAUGAGACCCCACCAAAACCAAUUCUGCAUUUCUAUUUAUGGCAAACACUAUUAGUAGUGGUUGUUUCAAUGCAGUACAGCAUAGCAUCACAUUUCGUAUGGUAGUACAGUGUGACUCUUUUUAUGCCAAGAUAGUAAGCCUUCCAUCAAAUAUAUUAAGAUGAAGGGUAUUGUAAUGCAACCAAGGUUCGCAGCUAUAUUGAAGUGCCAGUAACAUCUUUCAUCUCCAGAGCUAUAUCGCCAUCAUUCACCGCAUCACAUCCAGAUGUUCUUCAUCCUGUCCAUGCCAUGGCAAGAAUAUCCUCAUGUUUAACCACUUCCAUUGAUGAAAACAACUGA